GUUUUUUCGACUUAUGUCCGUAGGAAGCCACGGCUACCUAGGUUACUCAUUCUACGGCCUCUCCAGCCUCUCCCAACCGUCCGCCCACGACAGCAAAGAAGUUCUCUUCAACCGCGGACCAAUCACCUUCCAGCAGCGCCUCCCCGGUCCGGACUACGAUUACACCGCACCUCCGGAUGUCAGCUCACAAGCCUCCGACUACGGCGAGGGAGCUCCGUCUCAGGACUUCCAGCCUCCGCCCAACGCUCCGUUCGAGCCCUUCCGGAGCACCGAGUUCGAACCUUUCCGAAGCGCCGAGUUCGAGAAUGUCCGGAGUGCCGAGUUCGAGCACCUCAGGAGUUCGGAGUUGGGCAGUGCGUCCUCGGAGCAGGAAAAGGAUAGCUAUUUCCCACGACAGGAAGACGAGUCGGAAGAGAAGGAUGUGUCUGAUAGGUCAUAGGAUUUGACUGUUUAGGAUUUUUGAUGUAGGUGACAAAUCCUUUAAGGGUUCACUGAAAUUAUAGAGAGGACUUUGAAAAAGAUAAAAUGUUCUGAAUAUUGAAAGCUAUAAUUGUUCUCGCAUAAAAUUUUUUGUCAAGGAUGAUGCUCACUUGAGCUCUGAGCUUUAAUUGUUGUCAAAUAAUUUUUUUGCGUAGGAUGAUGCCCACAAGAGCUCUAGGCUUGUGCGUGGGUAAUUAGACGGAUGAUAAUUAGAGAUGAGUGGACCUACAGCUUAGUAUGGGUUCAAAACUCAUUUUAUUGAACACACCGAAGCUGCGUCUACACCAAAGUUAUUAACAAAAUGUUGAUAGCUUAAUCGUUAUAGAAUCUAUUAGAUUGAACGGAACUUGACAAAUAUAUAUGUUCAUCAUG